GAGAUACCUGGAAGCCAGCACCACUUUGGAAGUGGGUGCCUGUGGCCUGUCCAACAGCUGGAGCUCUGUUAUGCUCAUUUUAUGAUCCUUCAGAGUGACCUUUGUGAGGACGUGGAAUGCUUGAUUGCAGCAACCCAAGCAAGCUUCCCAUGAUUAACAGAUGCUGGCCUAGAUUAUGAGCUCAAACAAGAACGCUCGCUACAAUCGUUUCUCCAGUGGCACAACAAACAUCACUACUUCUGAAAACACUAACGGGACAAGAAUGGAAACAACUUUUGGACCAGCCUUCUCCGCUGUGACCACCAUCACAAAGCCUGAGGGGACCAAUACUUUCAAGCAGCACCGUCGGACCCCGUCCUCCUCCAGCACGCUCACCUACUCCCCACGGGAUGAGGACGAUGGCAUGCCUCCGAUCAGCACCCCGCGCCGCUCCGACUCCGCUAUCUCCGUCCGCUCCUUGCACUCCGAGUCCAACAUGUCCUUGCGCUCCACGUUCUCACUCCAUGAGGAAGAGGAGGAGCCAGAGCCCCUGGUGUUYGCAGAGCAGCCGUCCGUGAAGCUGUGCUGCCAGCUGUGCUGCAGYGUGUUUAAGGAUCCCGUCAUCACAACCUGUGGGCACACGUUUUGCAGGAGAUGUGCCUUAACAUCUGAGAAGUGCCCCGUGGACAAUGCCAAGCUGACGGUGGUGGUGAACAACAUCGCGGUGGCCGAGCAGAUYGGGGAGCUGUUCAUCCACUGCAAGUACGGCUGCCGGCCCACGGCCAGCAGCAAGCCCACUGCCUUCGAGGUGGACCCCCGUGGCUGCCCCUUCACCAUCAAGCUGAGUGCCAGGAAGGAUCAUGAGAGCAGCUGUGAUUACAGGCCCGUGCGCUGCCCCAACAACCCCAGCUGCCCUCCCCUCCUCAAAAUGAACCUGGAGGCUCACCUGAAAGAGUGCGAGCACAUCAAGUGUCCCCACUCCAAAUACGGGUGCACGUUCAUAGGAAACCAGGACACGUAUGAAACACACCUGGAGACGUGCAAGUUCGAGGGRCUGAAGGAGUUCCUGCAGCAGACAGACGAUCGCUUCCAUGAGAUGCAGGUGGCCAUGGCCCAGAAGGACCAGGAGAUCGCUUUCCUGCGCUCCAUGCUGGGGAAACUCUCGGAGAAAAUCGACCAGCUGGAGAAGAACCUGGAGCUGAAGUUUGAUGUGCUGGAUGAGAACCAGAGCAAGCUGAGCGAGGACCUGAUGGAAUUCCGCAGGGACGCCUCCAUGCUGAACGAUGAGCUCUCCCACAUCAACGCUCGACUCAACAUGGGCAUCCUUGGAUCCUAUGAUCCUCAGCAGAUCUUCAAGUGCAAGGGGACCUUYGUGGGCCACCAGGGCCCUGUGUGGUGUUUGUGUGUGUACUCCAUAGGAGACUUGCUCUUCAGUGGCUCCUCAGACAAAACCAUUAAGGUGUGGGAUACCUGUACCACWUACAAGUGCCAAAAGACCCUGGAGGGCCAUGAUGGAAUUGUACUGGCUCUCUGCAUCCAGGGGAACAAACUGUACAGUGGCUCUGCUGACUGCACCAUCAUCGUGUGGGAUAUUCAAAACCUGCAGAAGGUGAACACGAUCCGAGCACACGACAAUCCUGUUUGCACUUUGGUCUCCUCACACAAUAUGCUCUUCAGUGGCUCCCUCAAAGCCAUCAAGGUCUGGGAUAUUGUGGGGACUGAGCUCAAGCUGAAGAAGGAGCUGACAGGUCUCAAUCACUGGGUGCGAGCGCUGGUGGCUUCCCAGAACUAUCUCUACAGUGGAUCUUACCAGACCAUCAAGAUCUGGGACAUCCGGAACCUGGAGUGCGUGCACGUGCUGCAAACAUCAGGAGGGAGCGUGUACUCCAUCGCCGUGACCAACCACCACAUCGUGUGUGGCACCUACGAGAACCUCAUCCACGUCUGGGAUAUCGAGACAAAGGAGCAGGUCCGCACGCUGACCGGGCACGUGGGGACAGUCUAYGCCCUCGCCGUCAUCUCCACACCCGAUCAAACCAAAGUCUUCAGCGCGUCCUACGACCGCUCGCUCAGGGUGUGGAGCAUGGACAACAUGAUCUGCACCCAGACACUGCUGCGCCACCAGGGCAGUGUCACCGCCCUCGCCGUGUCCCGUGGCCGCCUCUUCUCCGGCGCCGUGGACAGCACUGUAAAGGUCUGGACGUGCUAAUGAGAGCAUCACAUGAGUCCUGCACACUGAAAGACCAAAAACUCUCCCCUCCAUCGGCCUGUGGGUGACCACACCACUGAAACGACUGCUGCAGCUCCUCCUGCACCGACCACUGCCUGCUGCUGCUGCCCCUCGGCCGGCUAUCCCCAGACCCCGGCUGGCAGCUCUCCAGAUGGCUCUGCCCCAUGGACACUCCAGGUGUUCCCUCAGAUCUGCCCCAGAUGAUUGGAAGCAGGAAGCUGUUCCAAUGCCAAUGCCCUCCUCUGCCUGUGUCCCCYCAGCUGGGGACACCCCCAGGCUGGGGCUGGGGUGACACUGGGCCUCGGGGCCGGGUGAGCACAGCCCUCAGCCAGCACUGGGACCAGACAGAUCUGCGUGUCCCAGCGGUGACACCGGGAGGCUGCUCCCCUGUCCGUGGCAGGACUGAGCUUUGGGCCAUACCCUGGGUGGGCACCCGCCCCCUUUCUGUCUCUAGUAUUUAAUUUUACUGCCAAGGCGCCGGGCCAAUCCAUCUGGGAAGAGGUGUUUUCCUUGAGUAGCCAGGUACGAUUUUUAUGCCACAGCUAGUUCUCAAAUCAAGUUCCACAAGCCCAUUGUUCACCACCCUGUAAUAAUGGUCUCCACAUUAAAGACAAAAAGCCUCCGUUGCAUUUUUACUCACAUUUUCUACUGUUUUUAAGAUUGUAAUAUAGAUUUGAUUAUUUCUUCAUUGACAAUAAAAGCAGAAAGAGUUGUUCCUGCCCAGUGUGA